UGGUCAUUACCAGUAGGUCAUUACAGUCAUCAGGCCAGUGAUCAGGGACAGGAGUGAUAUUCCGUAAUAAGUUGGCUGGCCUCGGCUCGGCUGCUAAGUGCAACAUAAGCUCACGCAGUGAAAAAAAGUUACGGAAUACCACCCCAGCACAGGAGGGGCGAUUAACCUACGUCGUCAGGUCGAGCGUAACAUUCAUAAGCAUCAUCCACUCGUCCAGCAGUAAAGGUGUUACAACAUAGAUUGAGUUUGGGCAAAGGGCAACUAGGCAACCCUCUUACGUGUCAGGCAACGCCAUAUUUAUAUAUGGCAAACACCAACCGUCGUCGUCGUCGUCACUCUUGCCGUUGCAAUCAAUAUGUCGUCAUCUGAUACCACGACGACGGGAAAGGAAAAAACGAAAAGUGACUCCGUAAUCGACGUCGUCGUACCGCAACAGGGAAUCCUGUACAGCGAAGACGUGCCGGAUUACAUACUCUGUAAGCCUAAGCUGAUGCCCCUAAAGUCUGUUACCCUCGAGAAGCUCGAAAAGAUGCAAAAGGACGCCGAGGCGAAGCUCAAUGAGGUGAUGAUGCAAAACUCCGAAAACGUGACUAGCAACAACAGCGGCGGCGAGCAUUGAGUUAUGGGGCACAGCCGUUUGUUGGUGGAGAGCUGCUGUUGACUUUUAUUUAUUUAUUGUUUUUUCGUAAAUACUUGAA